GACUUGGAAGCAUCCCCGCAAGAGAGGCUGGGGAGGGGGAAGUCGGCUGGCAGCCAUCGACGCCAGCGCAGCACUGUGCGCUUGGAGGAUCCGUACCAGCAUGGUUUCGAGGCCCUGGUACAGUCCUACAGCUCCGAACUAGCCCUGCGGAUUAUGUACAUGUUCAGAGUCUACCCGCGUGCAUUCAACUCCUAUCUGGGGAGUCCUGAUGCGCAGCCAGAAGAUUGGCAGAGCAAAUUGGCCAAGUUCAAUUUAGUCGCUCGUGUAUUCAUCAUGAAUGCCAUUCGAAACCUACGUCUACACCAAACCGUUCUCCACCUGGCGAAGUGGUUUGGGGACGAUGCGGUGGUUGAGACCAAUCUGAAUGAGACGCGCGUGGAAGUGCUGCGGCUGCUCAACUCGGCCGUGCACGUAAUGAACACGGCCGAGUUCAUCUACAAUGCUUCUGCAUGCGUAGAUGACGCUUUUGCCUUUGUCUAUCCAUCUGCCUAUGACGGCGUGCCUGAUUUGGAAGGCGCCUUUCGAAGGAAUCAGAAAGGGCAAUUCGUGGUGUACAUCUGUCCACUGACUGUUUACGCAGAGAGACUGGGGCUCCUAGCUGACGCGAUUCAGACAUCUGUUCACGAAUCCUCGCACCACGCAGUUGCAUACACCGAUGACGUGGCGACUUGUGCUCAGUCCCACUACAUGUGGAUGGACGUUGCAGGCCUCCCGACCCUCGGCGGCUCAGCGUGCCCCGAGAACGCCGAGGGCCAACCACGCUUCUCUGUCAGCGGCCGAUCCUGUGACGUGCCAGGAGCCGGAAUCUGGCAGAUUUCAAACAUAACACGGCCAGCCUUUGCCAGAGGCCUCGAAGAAACUGCCCGCUGCCCUGCGAAUCUGGCGGAUCUGAAGACCGCUGAUGCUUGCAAGACAGCGGCGAAGUACUUGGGGGCCAUCUACAACGAUGAAGAAGAGGACGCUGAGUGGCCGCAGGGCUGCUACGAGAUUUCAAUGGGACUCUUCCAAGGCGUCUACUUCAACAGUGCGUCAAACGGCUCAGCCGUGGCAGGAACGCACCCACUUUGCGAGACCUUGCCGCUUCGGGCGCCAGUCGUUGGCGGAGGCUGCCCGGCAAAGUAUUCGCAGACGAAGACAGGAACUUGCCAACUUGCAUUGCCAUUCGUCACAGCGGCGAAGGGAAGCAGUGCAUGCCCUUCGAACACCGAGCAGAUCGACAGAGCCAUGACGUGCCGAAGUGCUGCCGACCUCUUGGGACUGGCCUGGGAGGGCUCAGUCACGAGUCCAGAUUCACCCACGGGUUGUUCCGUGCAGGACGACCAGGUCACUUUCAAUGGCGAGGAGGGCACGGCGAAUAGCCUGGCAGCCCCCAUAUGCAAGCAGGAAUUCUCCUACAGCAUGUUUGACCCACGCGUCCAGUACUACAUUCAGCUGAUGCGUUUUUCUCAGAGUGGCGAUGCAGCACUUUUCAAAGCCGUCGCAACGGAUUCCUCGAGCGACUACUGCUAUCUCGCAUAUGGACGAUCCAUGUGCCAAGACUUGGCAAGGCAGGACCCAGGUAAAGCGAUCAUGAACGCGGACAGCUUCGGUUACUACGUCAUUGAUGCCGGCAGUCCGGCAACUCAUCUGGUCCAAAGUGGAGAAGGCGUCAGGCUGUCUUGGCUUGCUGCUAUCAACCUGAAAUCAGGCGAUAGGCAAGCGAAGAACCAACGUGAGCGGCAGAGUGCAUGGGAGGAGGAUGCCAAAGAGCCGGACAUACUCGGCCGCCGGCAGUCGGUGGGAGCCGACAAGGUGCAGAAGGUGCUGACCCAGCCGCUGUCCCCCACGAAACAGAAGACCUUGGAGUUGGAGGUGCAAUCUGUGGUCCGCGCCCAUCGGGUCAUCCGUGCUUUGAAGAACAAGAAGAGUUUCAAGGAAAAGGCUGAAGGAGCGAAGCGGGCAGCCGCUGGAACAUCAUCGGGGCCGGGGCGAGUUCGCAGCUCGCAACUACAUGGCGGAGAGGGCUCUGCGGGGCUCAGCGCCCUCGCCCGCGCCUCGCGCAUCUUCAAGAAGUCCUUGGACGGCAAGUUCCUGGGGACGCGCACAACCACGCUGCCAAAAGGUAUCGGACUGCGGCUGCAGGCAGAUGCAGAGGACGAGUCGCAAACUGACCUGGAUCAGCUGGGCAACACGCUUGCUGAGCCUUUGUUGUGCUACUUCAUCGACACGCCUGGCCAAAGCAGCCUUUUGGGUGAGGCACAGGCCGCCCUGCGUUUGGCAGACAGCGUGCUGCUGGCGGGGCCCUUGCACGACAGAUCUUGUGGUCCCGGGUGUUUCACGCAG